AGUGUGUUUAUGUGCAUUCUUAGAUGAAAAUUAGUAUUUCCGUUUAUAUACAUUUUUAAAAGAUGUUAAGGGAAGGUUUUAUGUUAGUUGUAUUCGAACCUUAAAGAUGGCUUCUUUUUUCGUGUUCUCCGUGGUUGUACUUUUUGUUAGCUUGGCAGCGAAUGUUGAGAAUUACCAGAAUUAUGGAUGUGGCAAGUAUAGCCCAUGUUUAACUGAUGGGCCAAAUGUUAACCCAUACAGUUGUUGCUCCUUCUACAAUUGCCAUAAAUGUUUUGCCACUUUAGAGAACUGUCCUAAAAAUCUCCACUUCAACCCUCAUCUGAAAGUGUGCGACUGGCCCUCAAGAGCUUCCUGUAGAUCUGUCGACAAAGAAUGUCAUCUUUGGAACUAACGUCCAAGGAAACUUUCAUCUUUCUCGCUUUAUAGGGUGCUUGAAACGGCGAUGUCAUAGAAAUUAAAGAACUUCGCAUUAUACUUGCACGAGUGUGUGUACUUAUUGAAUUGUAAAAAAAAAAUAGUAAUAUUAAAAUAGCUUACGUUAUGUUUUUGCUUUUCUGAAAAAAAUUAUGGAAUAAUUUACUUUAUGCGUAAUUAAAAGGUUAUGCUUUUA